AUGCUGAAGCUGAAGCCGAAGCUAAAUGCCUUAAUGAGAUGCAAUUUAGGGGAUGGGAAGUCUGUUAGCUUCUGGUUUGACUGGUGGACUGAUCUUGGUCCCCUAAUCUCUGUGUGUGGCAGGAGAGGUACUAGGGACCUUCGUAUUCCCAUUGACGCUACUGUUAGUGCUGCUGCACCUAAUGGACACUGGUCUCUUCCACCGGCGAGAUCCGACGAAGCUGAAACCUUGCAGGUGGUUCUCUCAACGAUGCAGCCACCAUCAUCUUUGCACGGAAAGGAUUGUUUCCUUUGGCGGAGUGGUGCUCACUCUUUUCUGCCCAAGUUCUCUUCUAAAGCUACUUGGAACUUUAUGUCAGUUUUAUCAAGGCUGCCUACUAGAGAUAGGCUCAUCUCAUGGGGAAUGCAGGUCAUCGUCUACAGCCUGUGGAGAGAGAGGAACGUCCGUAUCUUUAAGAAUGUUUCCUCUACCGCAGCGGCGAUCGCCAAGUAUGUUGAUCGUUCUAUGAGGGAUCGUCUCUUGUCCUUAGCCCCUCCAGCUGAUGGCCACGACACGCUCCUCCUGCUCUACCUUUCCAUCAGACGUCUCUUUCCACCUUAG